AUGGAUCCGUGCACUCAUUAUGACAGAGAAUGUGAUUACCUUGCUGCUUGCUGCCAAGAAUUUUUCCCCUGCAAAUUUUGUCAUGAUAAAGUAAAGUUUGAGGACGAGAAAGACAUUAAGAAGGCUCAUCGAAUGGCUAGAUCCGAUACAAUUCGAGUUCGCUGUCGGCAUUGCUCUUAUAUCCAAACACUCGAGCAAUCUUGUCAAAAUUGUGGAAUCUGCAUGGGAGCUUAUUUUUGUUCAAUUUGCCACUUAUAUGAUAUGCUUAUUUAAACAGCCUAUAUGCCUUUGUAAUUAAAAUUCUUUAAAAUUUCAAAUCAUUCUAAAUAGAAUAGUAAUUUAAGUAAGCAGAUUUAUCACUGUGAAAAAUGCGGAAUAUGUAGAGUUGGGCCAAAAGAAAAUUAUUUCCAUUGUGAUACUUGUGAAGCUUGCCUUGGAAUCGCCUUAAUAGAUGCUCAUACCUGCAGGCCUGGAAUGUUGAAAGCAAAUUGCGCAGUUUGUCAAGAAGAUAUGUUUACAAGCAGAGAACAGACGAUUUCUAUGAAGUGUGGUCAUUUCAUUCAUAGAAAGUGCUUGAAAGAAAUGAUUAAGAAUAAAUGCUAUAAUUGUCCUUUAUGUCUUAAAACUGUAGUUGAUAUGUCAAUGGUUUAUCAAGAAUUGGAUGAAGAAAUUGCACAGAAUGAAAUGCCUGAAGAGUAUACAGAUUUGGAGUUUUCCAUCUUGUGUAAUGACUGUUUAAAGUAAAAUCUAUGUAGGAGAUCAACUGUAAAAUUCCAUUUUUUAGGCAUGAAGUGCCCUGAGUGUGGAUCAUAUAAUACUGCAAGGAGUUAA